AUGGAAGAUGCUCGGAGAAACGACCACCGCCAGUUGGGACUGCUCAAGGAAAAGCUGAGGUCUAUCAGCAGAGCCGCGGCUACAAGCACCGGAUCCGAUUCGAGCGCCGGAUCGGAGGGUAUUGGUCUCCCAGUAGUUCUCGAGUCUGUGAAGAAGCCUACAGUAGAGCAACCCGGCAGUGAAAAAAACCCACAAGCGCCAGGCACAGCGAAGAGUGACCUGAAGUUCCGAUGGAUUCAUAUCCCGAUCAAUCAUAUGCAACUGAUCGAGCAUGAUUUUGAUACCGGUGACACCUACACAAAAAGGAAUAAGCUUGCCCUUUAUAUGCCAUACUUGACACCCGGAGAUAUGCCAGUGGCGAAGGAACAGAACACAGAGAGCCCAAAAAUGGAUGUGUGGGGGGAAGAAAUCGCGUCUUUCACUUCUGAAGAUCGUAUAGACAGGGGGACAUUGCAGGAACCCAUGACCCUCGACCAGUAUUUCUAUGCGACGAUCGAGAACACACAGAAACGAGACGGCGAUCAAGUGGUUACCCGUUACCUUUCAAGGACCCCCGAGACAUUAUGGGUGUGGAUUAUAGACGAUGGUAUGAAGAUCCAAUCUCGCUCUAUGGCCUCAUUAAACCUGACGUCUCCAUCAGAAACCAUCAUCACGGCUACGACAAAGCCUGCUGGACAGACUAAGGAUAUCCUUUCAGCUAGUAUCCAGGAUCUUUUAAUGUCCACAGAUAACCGAGGUCGCUCCGAGCGGCCGGCUUCGGUCAACGCCAUGAUCGAGCUGAUUUUGAGCGUCACAACCGGUCUCUUUUCUCGGAGAACUAUAAACCUGCCCGCCCCAAGCGGAAAACGCACAAAAGAACGAAAAAGCCCCCUGGAAAUCUUUCGAGAGUCUAUACGAUAUGUGGCCGAUGUUGAAAACACACUUUUCAAGGAGUUUUUGGAAUCUUUGCACGAUGAACAGAACGUCUCGGACCGCACUCACCGAGGCUGGAUUGGAGAUCUGCAGCUGAAUCCUUAUCAUAUCAUUUCCAAGGAGGCUGAGCUUCUAGACGAGAUCAAAGAUAUCCGCGACGAGUUGAACAUCCUUCGUACCCUGGAAGAAGCCCAAGAGAAGGUCUGGAAGCAAGCAUUUCAAACGGAGAAGCUAGAGAGCCUCCCCAAUAUUGAACACAGUAACAUCAGCACUCCCACUGAGGUCUUGCGAGAACUCGACGAAAUGGUCAUUGAGGCUGGGAUGGUUCAAGAUGCGAUAAACACCCUUCUUGACCUGCGCCAGAAGCAAGCCAGCAUCAAAGAAGCCGAGUUCGGACGGCAGCAAGCCAACGAUACGGCUCGGCAAUCCAAUAUCGUCAUGGUUUUUACCAUCGUGACCAUUGUUUUCCUGCCCCUCUCAUUCCUGACCUCCGUCUUCGCAUUGAACGUCUCCGACUUUCCCCACCAAUCGGGAAACGUGGAGUAUCAGGGGUGGUGGAUAUUUUCGAUCCUGUUCGGUGUAUCCGCCUGCGUCUCCGUGCCGUUUAUGGCUCUGGCGUUCAAUUUCCACCGCGUGGUCAAAUUCUGGGAUAGCAUCCGACCUAACCGGCCUGGUAGAGAGAUGGUUCAGAAGGACCCUUCUCGAUUUUCUCGCUCCGUGGAAGACGAAUGCACCGAUGACGGGAUGAGAAAUGGGGGAGCGGUAUUCCCGAAUGAGGUUGGGUCGUUGGGUCGACGCAGAGCUGCCCUCUGGCGAGAUGCUAUUCGCCGGCGGCCGCGGAUGGCGAAUCCUUGUUAGAAUGACAGAGCAAUUCUGGAAUGGCGUACAGUGGUAUGUUGUUGAAAUUGAAAUUGAUCGUGUGGUCUACCGCACUGCACCGACUUCGAUAUUUUUUACUCCCAGUCAAUCAAGACACG